GUUGAUAAAUAUGUAUUUUUGUGUCUAACGUUUAUUUCCCCACCUGGAAGUUGGAACAUUUGAAUAUAAAUAGUCUGUGAUGUCACCCAGCGAACUUUGUAAAUGUUCUCGACAGGCACACACAGUGAGGGGGAAUGUGCAAGUCUGCUUGCCCAAUGUGAAUCACCGCACCCUUGCAAACGAGACGAUUACUAAUUCAUCACUGACUGUAUAAUUGGACCGACAGGGGAACACCAACGCAUUCUGCCUCUAUAUAAAAGUGAAGAUCACUGCAGGUGAAAAAACAGAGGCUCUAUAGGUUAUUCCAACAGUGAACAACCGAGAUGGCUACACAUCUGUCCUUACUGCUGCUGUUUGCAUAUGCCUCCACAGGCUCUUCGGAUCCAAGUAGCUGUAGGGGUCGUUGUGGCGAAGGCUACUACAGAGGAAGUUUGUGCCAGUGUGACUACGAGUGUCUGAGUUUAAAUGAGUGCUGUUCAGACUUUACACAGAUGUGUACUACAAAGGACUCAUGCAAAGGACGCUGUGGGGAGCCUUUUCAUAGAGGCAAUCCAUGUCACUGUGAUAUUGACUGUGUCUCAUACAAUCAGUGCUGCCCUGAUUAUGAGGACAUGUGCUUGGUGGAAGAUACUGCCUUAAAACCAAGAAAAACUGCCACCGCAGCUCAAAGGACCGCUAACUUAUGCCUAAACAUAAAGAAUAAAAAGUCUACAGAAACCUCCAAUGAGGAGAUGACCAAUGAUGAAGGGAUUGGAGAAGAGUUAACGAUCCCUGAAGAUGAAAGUGAGUCCACACCUUCUGAGGGCCUUGUUUUGUCCUCUACAGAUGCAAGCAGCAUGCUUCCUGCUGAUGAGAACCCAACAGAAGGUCCAUCAAGCACGGCACCAACAGAAGGUCCUCCAAGCACAGCACCAACAGAAGGUCCUCCAAGCACAGAACCAACAGAAUUUCCAUCAAGCACAGCACCAACAGAAGUUCCAUCAAGCACAGCACCAACAGAGGGUCCAUCAAGCGCAGAACCAACAGUGGGUCCAUCAAGCGCAGAACCAACAGUGGGUCCAUCAAGCGCAGAACCAACAGAAGUUCCAUCAAGCGCAGCACCAACAGAAGGUCCAUCAAGCACAGCACCAACAGAGGGUCCAUCAAGCGCAGAACCAACAGUGGGUCCAUCAAGCGCAGAACCAACAGUGGGUCCAUCAAGCGCAGAACCAACAGAAGUUCCAUCAAGCGCAGCACCAACAGAAGGUCCAUCAAGCGCAGCACCAACAGAAGGUCCAUCAAGCGCAGAACCAACAGAAGGUCCAUCAAGCACAGCACCAACAGAAGGUCCAUCAGGCACAGCACCAACAGAAGUUUCUUCAAGUGCAUUACCAACAGACAAUUAUGUCACUGAAAUGACUACCAAGGCACAGAGUGAAAACCCAGAGGAAUUGUCAUCUCUCAAGGAUCCUAGAGCUACCCCUGUCCCAAAGAAGACGCCAUCUGCUCCUGCUCCAGUGAAACCAACAAAAAAAACCAUUAAACCUAGCAUAGACAAGAACGACAAAUCCGAACCAAAGGAACCUCUCAAGGAUCCUAGUGGCAUUGUUCCAAUCAAACCAGCGGAAAAACCUCUUAAACCUAGCUCAGACAAGAAUGGCAAAACAGAUAGUAUUAAAGAUUAUCAAGCUGAUGAUUAUGACACUAACCUCUGCAGUGGGCGUCCAGUCAGUGGUUUGACUACUCUCAGAAAUGGUACCAUUGUGGUGUUCAGAGGACAUUAUUUUUGGACACUGGACAAACAGAGAAAUCCUGAUCCUCCUCAGUUAAUUACAAAUGUGUGGGGAAUCCCAUCUCCCAUCGACACGGUUUACACCCGCUGCAACUGCCAGGGCAAAACCUAUUUCUUCAAGGGAAGGAACUACUGGAGGUUUGAGAACGGUAUGAUGGAUCCUGGCUUUCCCAAACCCAUCAGCCAGGGUUUCGGACAGAUUGGUUAUAUCACAGCUGCUUUAUCUAUACCUCAGUACAGAAGCAGAAAAGAGACGGUAAUCUUCUUCAGAAGAGGUGGAAUGGCACAAACGUACACAUACCAGGUUACUCCAAGCUGUGGGAAAAAGCCAAGAUAUCCUGUGUUUACAGUGAGAACGAGAGCCAGACGACAAGCUGUACUUCCUGGAACAGAUAUUUCACCAAGGCCUCAAAUAGGACAUUUUGUUCCAGAUGCAGCUCUGGGGCAAGUGAUCAGUAUCUCAAAGACCUGGAGAGGAUUUCCGACCAUAGUGACCUCAGCCGUGUCGGUUCCUUCAAGGGUGAAAGAGGGAUACAAGUAUUACGUAUUCUCUCAAAACAAGUAUUACAGCAUGAAAAUGGAAAGAGAAAAACCAGUGAUCCUAAAACCUGCUACUGGUCCAAAGGAAAGCUCAGCAACCAGCUUCUUUAAAUGCCCAGAAACCUCAAAAAACUGAGUCAUUCAUGUCUUUCCCUCAUGCCAUAUAUUGUAAAUGUAUAUUUCUAGUGAUGCACUUGUCUUACGUGCAGUGGAAAACAACAUUUCAUGGUAAAGCUGCAUCUUUGGAGACAGAAUUAUGGACAAAGAAAGAUUUCCUUCAAAACUAUUUUAUUGUACGGAUGUAAAAUCAUUCAAAUAACAUUGAUGGGUUGUUCAGAGCAUUAAACUAACAAACAAAACAUAUAAUAAUACAUAGCCUUAAAGCAGAAAAAAGGUAUGGCGGUGUUCUUUUGGAGAGAAUGUGUUGCUCCA